AAGUAUAGUCUCUCUCUCUCGAUACGGGCGGUGUCUCCGACGACGAAUAAUAAUAAUAAUAAUAAUCAAACUCCGGUCAAAUCUCGGUGGUCUUUUUCUUUCAUCUAAGAAAAAGCUUUGGUAAUAUUUUCGCUGGCGACACUGAAGCAGUAGCAGCGACGAUGCAUUCGUCGAGCCUUUUCUCGUUCGGCGGUCGUUAUCCAAUCAUAACCUGCCGCGUGUCGUCUCCUCCUUCGCCUCCCGUCGUAGCUUCUCUUCCUCUCCCGCCGUCAAGCUCCUCCGACUCACUAGCCUGCUCCCUCCAAUGUCCUCAUUUCCAAUCGUGCUCUGGUUGUACGCAGGAGUUCAAUCUCCACCGUCCAGAUGUAGUGGACGAAGCUUCAGGCUUCUUCAAGCGUUACGGCGUCGAAGAUUUCACUUUCGAUAGUUGUCGACUGUGGGGAUGGAGAUGCCGAGCAAAAUUGGCCGUUCGUGGUUCAUCAGAUAAUGCAUUGAUUGGAUUGUACCAAGAGGGAACUCAUACCGUUGUUGAUAUUCCUGAAUGCAAAUCUCAUCAUCCUAAUAUUAAUGCUGCCAUUGAGUUAUUAAGAGAAGGUAUUAAGGUAUUCGAUGUCGUGCCAUUUGACGAGGAUCAGGGGACCGGGGACUUACGAUAUGUUCAGAUGGCUGUUACAACGCACAGUACAAAUCUUCGUGCUCCAGAGCGAUACAAAAAUGGAAAAGUGCAGGUGUCCUUGGUUUGGAACUCGAGAAAUGAGAGAUCUCAUAAUGCAGAUAAGUUGCAAGCAUUGUCCAGCUACUUGUGGAGAAAGGGUGGACCCAACAGCAAGUUUCACUUGAUCCAUUCUGUGUGGGCUAACUUUCAGACAUCAACCAACAAUAUAAUCUUUGGAAACAGAUGGAGGCAUCUUUUAGGUGAGAGAGAUUUCUGGGAACAUGUAGGAGGAAUUGACAUAUCCUUGGAUCCUUCCAGUUUUGGCCAGGCAAAUACACGGGCUUUUGAUAGCUUGCUUUGGAAACUGCAUAAGUAUGUUCCUGGUGGAUCAUCUGUUGCUGAUCUGUAUGCAGGAGCCGGAGUGAUAGGAUUAUCGUUAGCUACAUCGAGAAAAUGCAGUUCUGUCAAAUGCAUUGAGGUUAACAAAGAAGCAAGGCUAUCUUUUGAGAAAACAAUCCAGCGGUUACCUAACUCAUUGAAUUGCAGUAUCAGUUGGCACCAUGCAGAUGCUUCAGUUAACCCCCUUUCAUGGAUUAUAGGGUCAGAUGUAGUCGUGGUGGAUCCUCCUAGGAGAGGUUUGGAUGCUUCUCUUCGUCAGAUGUUGGAGUCUGUCCCCUCCAUUGAGAAAAGAAUGAGGUCGAAAUCACCGAGUUCAAGCUCUAAUGAAAAAGAGGAGAAGAGGCCGUGGAUUUUAAGAGCAAAGGAACUUUCAAUUCAAGCUGGCAACAAGCUGACCCCUGAGGAGAAUAAUACACUACCGCAAAGACUCAUAUAUAUAAGCUGUGGUUGGGAAAGCUUCAAGGAGGACUGCAAGUCGUUAUUAUCUAGCAGAGCGUGGGAGUUGGAAAAAGCUCAUGGUUUCAACUUCUUUCCCGGAACCGAUAGCAUUGAAGUUUUGGCUGUGUUCAAAAGAAGGGUUCCUAUGAAGAAAAAGAAGAAAUCGGGAAUAAGAAAAGUGGGAAUAAAGAAAGUGCGUGCUCCUAAGUAGAAUCACAGGACUCUUUAUUAGUUAAUAUCUGUAACUUUAGAACUUCAAAAGUUUAGAAGACCAUCUAAUGGAUGAGAAAACAGUUUUGCUCUGUUCCUAUUGAUAAAGAGAUAUGGUUCUCUCGUUCUUUAUGUCAUUGCAAGUAGAAAAAGAGAUGUGUGUAAUAUUUAUCUUAUCAACUUGUGUUGGAUAUGAAGAAAAA